AUGGACAAGCUCGCCGUCGACUGCCGCAACGCAGAUCCGCCACCUCCGCUUCCCCCGGACGACCUCCUCCUGGAGAUCCUAGUCCGCCUCCCGCCCGAGCCGAUCCACCUCUUUCGCGCUUCCUUCGUCUGCAAGCACUGGCGCGGCCUCGUCCACGACGCCUGCUUCCUUCGCCGCUUCCGGGAUUUCCACGGUGGCACGCCUCCCGUGCUCGGCUUCUUCAACGAGGAAGGGCCUCCCUUCUUCGUCCCUACCUCCGGCGGCUUCGCGCCCUCCGCAGCCACCGUGUCCCCCGGUGACUGGUGGGCCCUCGACUGCCGCCACGGCCGCGCCCUCCUGGACAUCUGCAGCAUCGGGACGCUGCUCGUCUGGGAACCCAUGACCGGCGACAAGCGCUACCUGUCGCCCCCCGCGCAGGUCUCUCAUGGGAGCUUCGAGUACAAUACCGCAGUUCUGUGCGCAGCUAGCCACACCGACCACGGCGACUGCCAUUCCUGCCCUUUUCUCGUGGCGUUCGUGUUCAGUGACGACAAAGAUUUCAUCACUUACGCAUGCGUCUUCUCGUCCGAGACCAGUGUCUGGGGUGAGAUCGCUUCCAUUGUUAUACCAGAUGCAUUAGUUCAGCGAAGGCAGACAGCUCUGGUUGGAAACACAAUCUACUUCGUGUUGGAUGACGAUGUCAUCAUUAAGUUUGAUUUGGAUAAGCAUAGGCUGGGCCUAACUGAGGACUUCCCAUCUGACACUCUAGAAAGCUACUAUCGACAGGUUGUCAUCAUGCCGACAGAGGAUGGAUGGCUUGGUUUGGCUGGAAUCGAAGGAUUCAAUCUCCAUCUAUGGUCAAAGGUGUCGAGCGUUGACGGGGUGGUAACAUGGACACAUCAAAGGGUCAUUGAUCUCAAAAAGCUUCUUCCGCCGGAAAUAGUGGUGGCAUGUAUGGUUCGAGAUCUUGGAGCGGAGGCAGUUGCCUAUGCGGAAGAUGCUGAUGUGAUCUUCAUUGUUGUGUGUCGUACCAUAUACAUGAUCCAUCUCAAGUCGAUGAAGGUCAAGAAGAUCUCAGAGAGAUUGAUCAACACAAACAUUUUUCCUUACACAAGUUUCUAUGCUCCAGGAAUUACCAUUGGUGCUGGAAAUGGUCAAGCUGAACUGUUGAACAACAGUUAAGAUGAUUGUACUGUUACAUCUGCGGACACGCUUUGUUGGUUGAAGAGAUUUCAGUCGAGCGCUCAAUGUGGCUGUAAGCAAAACGCAAAGAAUUAAUGAGCAACUGCAACGGUGUUUGGUAAAACAUGUACAUCAUGCUGUGAAAUAUUGUUGAUGAGAAGAGCCUGUUCGAGUUUGAUUGGCCUCUGGUUGCCCAUUUAAGGCUUCAAUAAUGUUCGGUAGCACAUUCGUGCUGAACCAAUAUCUUAGGUUUUUCUUCAGAGAUUCCUGUGGCCUGUGUGCUCUAUGCGCCCCCGGUAAAAAUUGUCACACUUUGUUCUUCUCUUUUCGGGGGGGUACCCUCACAAUGUUGUCUACUAAUGCACA